AUGGAUGCCGAUGUCGAUGCGAUCGAUGUUGAUGUUUAUGAAGACUACGAUGCUGGUAUAUUCAUCAUCACCAAUGAAUGCCAAAUUGAGGACGAUGACACCCUCACUGGUGAAGACAACGUUCGUUCAGCGGUGCGCACGAAGCGCACUGCUGUUAACAAGGAUGAGUCGGCAGAGGAAUUUCUGCUGACUCGCGAAGCGGUUGUCCGCUUUGUUCAAGACCAUAUUGCAUAUGCACUAGACAAACAGAAGAGAAACGCGGAAAAAAACCCGGAAGAGCAAAAAAACUUUUAUUCGAUGUAA